CGCCCUUCUCUCUCCCGCGUUCUCUCAAACCCUAGCCUCUCUCUCACAAAUGCUCUGCGUCCCUCGCCCCCCCCCGCUCUUUCUCGCAAUACCUCAUCUUCCUCAAACAAGGAUCCAUUUGCAAGCUUCAUCUUCUUCAACAAGACAUAUUAUUCCCCGACUUGCUGAGACGAAGGGUGCACACGACCUUAUGAGCACGUCUAUCUAUAUUGGACGGUGGGUGUUUGUAUAGCUAAUUGCUAUAGUAUAUUUUACCGCUGAGGAUACGUACAUAAGGGUAUAUGCCUCUUUGGAGCAAGAGGUUUUAGGUUUAUUAGGGUUUCAGUUGGUGGCGCUUUUUCCCUCUGUCUAAAGAGUGAAAGGUGUGAACUCGUGUUUGCAGAGAGAGAAAGAUUUCUGUAACCCCUUUCUAGAGAGAGAGAGAUAGAGAGAGUUCUCCAAUUUUGGUUAAAAUAGAGAGAGAUAAACCAGAGGUCCAAAACCAGCAAAAUGGUUCAGUAUAAUUUUAAGAAGAUUACUAUGGUGCCCUCUGGUAAAGACUUCAUCGAUAUCAUCCUUUCUCGUACCCAACGGCAAACCCCAACGGUGGUUCACAAAGGAUAUGCCAUUUCUCGUCUUCGCCAAUUCUAUAUGAGAAAGGUAAAAUACACUCAACAAAACUUCCAUGAAAAACUAUCUGCAAUUAUCGAUGAAUUUCCAAGAUUAGAUGAUAUCCACCCCUUUUAUGGUGAUCUACUCCAUGUUCUCUACAACAAAGACCACUAUAAACUAGCCCUAGGUCAAAUCAAUACAGCUAGAAACCUAAUUUCCAAGAUUUCGAAGGACUAUAUUCGUCUCCUUAAGUACGGUGAUUCCCUUUAUCGAUGCAAAACCCUAAAAGUUGCAGCUUUGGGUCGAAUGUGCACAGUUUUGAAGAAAAUUAGCCCCAGUUUGGCCUACUUAGAGCAAAUUAGGCAACAUAUGGCUAGGCUUCCUUCUAUUGAUCCAAACACCCGAACAAUUCUCAUAUGUGGUUAUCCGAAUGUUGGGAAAUCUUCAUUCAUCAACAAAAUUACCAGAGCUGAUGUGGAUGUUCAGCCUUAUGCUUUCACUACGAAGUCUUUAUUUGUGGGUCACACUGAUUAUAAGUAUUUGAGGUACCAAGUUAUUGAUACGCCUGGUAUUUUGGAUCGACCACUUGAAGAGAGAAACAUAAUUGAGAUGUGUUCUAUAACUGCUUUGGCCCAUCUUAGAGCAGCUGUGCUCUUCUUUCUCGAUGUUUCGGGGUCUUGUGGUUAUAGCAUCGCUCAACAGGCUGCUCUUUUUCACAGUAUAAAGUCUCUUUUCUUGAACAAGCCUUUGUUGGUUGUGUGCAAUAAAAUAGAUUUGCAGCCUUUAGAGAGCCUUUCGGAGGAAGAUAGGAAGUUGGUUAUGGAGAUGAAGGAUGAGGCUUCGAAAACUCUUAAUGGGGGAGAUGACCCAGAAUUGGCAAAUGGCGUUCUCUUAACUAUGAGUACUUUGACUGAGGAUGGGGUCAUAACUGUGAAAAAUGCGGCUUGUGAGAGGCUUUUGAACCAGCGGGUGGAGAUGAAAUUGAAGUCUAAGAAGAUUAAUGACUGUCUGAAUAGGUUCCAUGUUGCUAUGCCAAAGCCUCGAGAUGGGAAAGAGAGGCCCCCUAGUAUACCCCAAGCUGUUAUUGAAGCAAAGGCUGCCCAGGCAACUGUGGAGAGAGAAAAGAUGAAGCUUGAAAAAGACUUGGAGAACGAGAAUGGUGGUGCUGGUGUUUACUCCGCUAACCUAAAGAAGAAUUACAUCUUGCCUAAUGAUGAAUGGAAGGAGGAUAUAAUACCUGAGAUCUUUGAAGGUCACAAUGUUGCUGAUUUCGUGGACCCUGAUAUCUUGCAGAGGCUUGAGGAGUUAGAGAGAGAAGAGGGACUUCAUAUGGAAGGUGAGAAUGAGGAGGAUGACGAGAUGGAUGAAGAGAGAGAGUUGUCUUUGGAAGAGAGAGAAGCACUGGCUGAGAUUAGGAAGAAGAAGAGCUUACUGAUCCAAGAGCAUAGGAUAAAGAAAAGCACAGCGGAGAGCCGCCCUAUCAUACCAAGAAAAUUCAACAAGGACAAGGCGUUCACUAGUGAGAGAAUGGGGCGAGAUCUCUCUAGAUUGGGGCUUGACCCAAGUGCAGCAAUAAACAGAGCUAGGAGUAGGUCAGUUUCUCAAAGGGGUAGGAAGAGAGCGAGGUCUCUGGCAAUUGAAGAUGAAGAUGAGGGUAUGGAUAUUGAUCAGCCCAACAAGAAGUUUAGAAUGAGGUCUCGAUCUAGGUCCCAGUCAAGAGCCCCACGUGGUGAGGUUGUUCCUGGUGAAGGUUUCAAGGAUUCAGUUCAAAAGACUAAGGCUCUGAAGCUUGGUAAGAAGGCGGUGAAGAAGAGAAAUAAGGAUGCUCGUCGCGGAGAGGCGGAUAGGGUGAUUUUGAACAUGAAGCCAAAGCAUUUGUUCUCAGGAAAGAGAUCAAUUGGGAAGACUGAUAGGCGUUAGGAAUGACGUACAUUUUCAGGUGCUGAGGUGUUUUUUGUUAGGCUUUAAUUAUUCUGGCGAGUUUUUGGGUCUGGCUAUUUUGAUUUUGGGCAUUUGUUGUUCUUGUAAUGCUCUUGUUUUAUGAGGAGAAACCACUUUAAAAGUUGUUAUGUGUGCGGUCAAUAUAGACUUAGUAGUGUAAUCUUCUUUGAAGACAUUGAGAAUUGAAUUAGAGUAAGCUGAGCUGUGUGGUUGUCCUUUCUUGAAUUUUUAUUGUUUUGAAACUUUCAGGAGUUUUCAUUUGUAUACCAUAAGCAUAUUAAGCCUGA